AUGGCCAUUCUUUGCUCUUAUUUUGCUUGUAUUCGUCCCCAAUCUAAGUCGCCGUAUAUGUCUCAUGGGCAGGCGGGGAGGGAUAAAAUGUCAAUUCCUUUUAGUGGAGUACAAGCUGCGAUGGUUAUCAAUCGGGUAGAAAACAGCGCCCAAUCUCCUGAAGAUUGGAAUAGCGAUGGUGAUGGUUCAGGUUGUUCAACCGGAGUAGCUGGCACACCAUGUUUCACCUCUAGGUUAUCACUGCUCAAGGCUGGUUCAGUAAUAGCACAGUUUAGUGAAUUCAAGCGGGAGCUAGUUAGGGAAACCGGUUUCGGAGGAAUGCUAGAUUUGAAGUCAUGGCAGAAGAUUAACUUGAAAUACAGUGCUUAUUUGAUCGAUAGAGUUGAUUUAGAUUCCUGCUCCUUGAACCUGGAGUCACAGGGGGUGUUGGAUUUGUUUGACAAGGAUUUGAACUAUGUUUUUGGCAUCCCAUGUGGGAAUCUAACAAUUGAAGGUGAAGGCGUUGAACCAUCUGUAGCUUGUAUCGAGUACACACGGAUAGCAGCAUCAGUUAGCGAGAAAGGCACACACAGCCUCAAAGCCGCUGAAUCAUUCUUGCUUGGACCCAUAUCAGAAGAAUCAACAGAAACAGAGAAGGAUUGUUUCAAAAUUGCAUUUGUGAUUUUCAUCAUUGGACAUGUGCUCGCCCCGACCGCCAAACAUGACUACAUAUCAGUAGAUUUCUGGGCAACACUGAACAAUGUCAGCAAGAUCAAAGAUUGGAACUGGGGGGCUUACGUACUGAAAAAUUUGCUCCAAGCAGUGAAGAAGUUCAAAAACGAUGUUUCAAAGAGGAACCCAACUAUACAUAUAGUCGGAUGCCAUCUGUUCUUGCAGGUUUUUGUCCUCGACAGAUUAGAGCUCAGUGUACUGAACAAGCCAGAAGGAGUGACACCAAGGAUAAGCCUGUACGACUAUGAGUCAAUGAAAAAGAUGGUUGAGCAAAUCACGGUUAACAUCGCUGGUGGAGAAGUCACUUUCAGUGGCGGCAAGGUCAGGAGUGGUACGGCCGUCGGGGGGCUCGAGUCAGCUCGGAAUCAUACCGUUACAGAAAAAAUGGCUAGGCCUGCUAUUGCGACCAAAAGAGCAAACAAUCCAUGCUCACCAAUGCUACGAUCUUCUUACACGAGAAAUGGCCCGCAGGAAUUUUCAAAUUACAUACGCUCGCGGUACCCUACCAUACCAACGCCCUUCAAGUACGCGGAUCAAUAA